GAAGCGUCUCACCUGGAGCAGCGCACAGUUCGACGAGGACUGGUUUCGAAUGCGCUACUCGAUACCGGUUUCAACUAGUACAAGACGCACAAGGCCACAGUCCAACUCGUCGCGUUGGACAUGGAGAUGAGGAUUUUCACCUUCACUCUUCUGUAUCUGAUGGUGAUAGGUGCUGGUGCCUUACAAGUGAGCAUCGCAGAGGAUCAGUACGAGUAUGCCAGAGGUGACAACGUCACGUUGCCAUGUUUGUUUCAAUCUACAGUCACCAGGCCGCCGGUCAUGGUCAUCUUGUGGUCUGUGGAAGGAUUAGAAGCUAAUGCUGACGAGAAAGUGAUCGCCGCUUAUUACUUCCCUGGUGCGUUGACGGACAUCAAAGAAGCCUACAAAAAGCGAGUGUCCAUGGAUGUGGACUUGGCCGCGGGAAAGGCCGACCUGAAGCUUACCUCCAUCUCACUCGCGGAUAACAAAGAAUUUGAGUGCCGCGUCCAGAUCCCAGGCGACACUGAGGGCACGCUGUUCGACACUGCCCGCUUGGUGGUUCUAGUGGCUCCGUCUACACCCACCUGUAAAAUUGAAGGGAAAGAAGAAUAUGGGCAGAACAUUAAUCUGACCUGCAUCUCAGAGGAAGGCUCGCCACCACCCAAGUAUGAAUGGACCAGUCUCGACGUACGUAAUGUUCCCCAUAUCAAAGACCGAAGGACUACUAGCAAGGGCGGCGUCCUUUCUCUAUUCAACAUCACCAAAGACACGUCGGGAUACUACACCUGCACCUCAAGCAACAAGAUCCGCUCUGCCAGCUGCAACAUCACCCUCACAGUCAUGCCACCAUCCAUGAACGUCGGCUUCACAGCAGGAAUAAUUGCAGGAGUUGUUGCAGCGUUGAUCAUACUGGUCGUUGUCAUCUAUUGCUGCUGCUGCCGCAAGAAGAAAGAAAAGGAGGAAUAUGCAAUGGGAGUUCGCGAGGAAGGGCACCCCGACAAAGUGCCAGACAAGAACGGAGCUGAGAGGUCAGCUGUUAGACGCGAUGAGGACGAUUCGGAUGUGAGGGCCCCCCUUCGGGACCAGUACGAAGAACGACGCGAACGUGACCACAGCCCCCGCAGCGACUACGACGAUCGUCACGGGGAUCCUGACAAUCGCCGCAGGGAUCCUGACGACCGCCGCAGCGACUACGACGACCGCCGCAGCGACUACGACGACCGCCGCAGCGACUACGACGACCGCCGCAGCGACUACGACGACCGCCGCAGGGACUACGACGACCGCCGCAGGGACUACGACGACCGCCGCAGCGACUACGACGACCGCCGCAGCGACUAUUCCAACGUACGUGACGAGUACAGCCGCGAGCGCUAUGACGACAACCGCCGUACCGAUCCCCGCGAUAAGUACAGUGACCGCCGUGAUCACUACGACGACGACAAUGAGCAAAACGGAGAUAAGCGCAACCAUGAUGACGACCGCUACGAUGAACCUUAUGAUGAUCGGGAAAGGCCUCCUGUCCCAUCCGAUAAGCCACGCCGAAGAGACAACUAAGCCAUUCAUCUUGGUUUUGAACCUCCAAGGGCUUUUGUCACGCAGCAGGAACUGAUUACGGAUGAGCGCAAAAAGUGGGAAAGUCAUUGCCAUCUAAAAAAGAACCCAUGGGACCGGUGUCCAACUUGUAAACUUCAUUCUUUGUUAGAUAAUAUUGGAGUUUCAAAGGGGUGGAAAAAGUAUGGACAUUUUCUGGCAAAUUUCAAUGGGUGUUUAAUAUGGGGGGGAGUAACCCCCGCGAUUGGUGAACGUUCGGGAGAUUCUUUUUUUUUUUUUUUAAAUUGAGGACAAAAAAAAGUUGAUACUGUACUAUAAUUGCCUAUAGAUGCUAGAAAAUGGCAGCAAAGCACUAGUUUUGUCAAAAUGAAACUGCAUCUCACUUCAGCAUAGUUCCUUUGAAUUCAAAAUAUGCGGGGGUUCACUGCAUUCUAAAUUGGAGACUUUCCAUGGGAAUUAUUGGAAUUUACAUGACAUUGAAGCUAAUUAACGGACAUCUUGGCGUCAAGGAACUAUGUUGGAGUUGAGUAGUUUGAUUCAGACAAAAUAGUGUUGCUUGCACGUACCUCAAAUUAUGACAAAGCGACAACUGGUAAUUUGGGAGAAAAAAAAUAAAAAUAAAACUCAAAUUGAGGCACUUGUAAGUCAAGCCUCCUGUUCAUGGCCGAGGCCUGUUUGUUGCAUUUGAGAUGUGUGUGAGUGUAAUUUUACGACCGUUCAGUCGGGUUCGGACACAUUCUUCCGAACAAUGUGACUGCAAUUGAACAUGUAAUUCUGAUUGUACUUACUGUUUGUUGCGUGCUUGUCUCUCUGUAGAACAACUGCUUGAGUUACCUGCUGCAAUGCUUGGGCAACCAGAAAAGCUAACCAAAAUCAUUGUUUUAAGUUUUGGAUGCAAUACGCUUCGGUAGUUUUGUAGUUCAGCUUUGAUACAUUUUUUUUUUCCACACGCCACAGUGAUGUGCGUAAUGUUUUGUUAAACGAUGCAAAUAUAUCCUAUUAUUGUAUUUUAUUCCAUCGUAAAUAUGAAAUAAAGUAAGGCUGAUAAGACUUUUAAAAA